AUGAUAAACGUAUGGAUGGAGCCACCUACACGGACAUUGCCCUUGCAAGAGGCCGGGUGGCAGCGCUCUGUGGAGAGGGCCAGAGGAGCGCAACCGCACCGCGGCACGGCUCCAUCCCGCCUUAGGGACGGAGCCAGCGUGGCGGCGAGGGGCCGGUGGCGGUGUGGCAGGUAUUAUGGAAGAAGGAAGCGUGUUGCAGUAUUGAUGCCAAAUAUUGGGGAACAGGAAGCUGUGCUGAUUUCUGAAACAGUCAUUGGCCCAACACUGCAGAACAGUGAAGAUCAGAGAAAAUGUAAAACUGAUCCACUAAUCCACGUUAUCCAGAAACUAAGCAAAAUAGUUGAAAGUGAGAAGUCACAAAGAUGCCUUUUAAUAGGGAAAAAACGUUCCCAUCCUAAUGCUUCUGCACAGUCCUUUGACACAGAUGAUCUUUGUGAAAUCCCAGCUAAAGCAAUUGAGCUAUCUGUUAUUGCUGCUAAAAAGACUGAAGAGUUACAAGCAGAUUAUUUUGUGACUGAAUGUCUUCCACAAAGCAAAAAAAAGGUGACGUGCUACCAGUGUAGUCUAUGUAAGUUUCUAUCACCUUCUCUCUUAACGCUACAAGAACAUAUAAAACAACAUGGGCAGAAAAAUGAAGUGAUAUUAAUGUGCUCAGAAUGUCAUUUUGCUUCCAAAAGCCAAGAAGAACUUGAAUCCCACUUCCAAAAUUACCAUGAGAAUGAUGGUAAAAAUAGCAUCCAGACAAAAGUGCAGCAAUGUGUAAAUGUUGCAAGUUCAUUUUUGCAAGGGCCAGUGGAAGGAAGUGUCAAAUCAGGGACUGAUCAGACAGGAAAUCUGGAAUGUAAAGAUCUAACUGAGUCUACUCAUACGCCUGAAAUGGGUAGGAGAAAAUGGUAUACUUACGAGCAGUAUGGCAUGUAUCGAUGCUUAAUUUGUCGGUACACCUGUGGUCAGCAAAGAAUGUUGAAAACACACGCUUGGAAACAUGCGGGUGAGGUUGAUUGCUCCUAUCCUAUCUUUGAGGAAGAAAAUGAAACUACCAACUUGUCAGAGACAGUUGUAACUCACACACCUCAUAGCGUGGACACAGUUGUUCUUUCUUUGGAAAACAAUGAACUUGAUAUCCAUAGUGAACCUUCUCUUCAACUUCAGAUUUGCAAUUCUGAGCAACUGUCACGUAAAUCGCCAGUAGGAACAAAUGUAAAAGAGGAAGAGAUGUUAAAUCAGUCUGUAGUGCAUUCUCCUACUACAGAGGUUUUAGAAGAGACUGUAUCAGAUACAGAACAGGAUAAUAUGAUAACUGAUAGCCUACUUUCGUCAGCACAGAAAAUCAUCAAUUGUAGUCCAAAUAAAAAGGGUCACGUUAAUGUAAUAGUAGAGCGUUUGCCAGGUGCUGAAGAAAGUGUCUUACAAAAGCCUUUCUUGAUGAACACUGACAUUGAAACAGAAAAAAAAUUAAUCUCAGAGGAGUCCCGUGUUACCUGUGAGGAACCUGAUGAAGUUUAUCGUUCAGAUGAAAUUCAAGAAGUAAUAAUAGGAUGGAAUAAUACCGAGAAGAAAGAUAAUGAAUUAAGCUCUAAUAAAAAUGUAACAACUGAUGAAAAUGUGCCUCCUGCACGAAGAAGGACAAAUUCAGAGUCUUUACGACUACACUCAUUAGCUGCAGAAGCUCUUGUUACAAUGCCUAUCAGAGCUGCAGAACUAACAAGGUCUAGCUUCAGGACUCUGACUGCAGAAGAUGCUGUGGAUGCAGGUGCAGGACAGGGAGAAGCUGAUGGCCCAUGCACGGCUCAUUCUAAAGUGGUAUCCUCACUUAAGAAUCCCUCAGAGGAGUUUAGUGGCUUAAACCAAAGUGAAUGCGCAAUAGUUGAGAUCCAGAAAGAGACGCCAGAGUUAUCAGAAGCACCAAUUAAAAUGGGCAUCAGUAUGUCACUACUCACUGUCAUUGAAAAACUGAAGGAGAGGACAGAUCAGAAUGCUUCUGAUGAUGACAUUUUGAAAGAAUUGCAAGACAACGCACAAUGCCAAAAUGCAAAUGAGGCAAAUAUUCCUGGAAGUAACCUAGUAGAAUAUAUACCUAAUGUAGAUCGACCCUACCGCUGUCGCCUCUGCCAUUAUAGCAGUGGUAAUAAGGGCUACAUAAAACAACACUUGAGAGUCCAUCGUCAGAGGCAGCCGUACCAGUGUCCUAUCUGUGAACACAUUGCUGACAAUAGUAAGGAUUUAGAGCGCCACAUGAUCAACCACUGCAAAACAAGAAUGUAUCAGUGCAAGCAAUGUGAAGAAUCCUUUCAUUACAAGAGCCAACUGCGAAAUCAUGAAAGAGAACAACACAGUCUUCCAGAUAUCUUUUCAACAGCUACAUCUAACAAACUAAUAGUUUCCAACGAAGUAGAUGAAAGAGAAGGAAAUAAGUCUUCAGUUCAGAAACUAUAUAGAUGUGAUGUAUGUGACUACACAAGCACAACUUACGUUGGUGUACGAAAUCACAGACGAAUUCAUAACUCCGAUAAGCCAUAUAGAUGUCGAGUAUGUGACUUCGCCACCACAAAUAUGAAUAGCUUGAAAUGCCAUAUGAGGCGCCACCCCCAGGAGCAUCAGGCAGUGCAGCUAAUGGAACAGUACAAGUGUUCUCUCUGUGGAUACGUAUGUAGCCAUCCUCCAUCCCUGAAGUCCCACAUGUGGAAACAUGCAAGUGACCAAAAUUAUAACUAUGAACAAGUGAACAAGGCUAUUAAUGAUGCAAUUUCGCAAAGCAGCAGGUUUCAAGGACAGCUUCCUGACAAAACCUUAUUAGAAGGCACAGAUGAAAGUACAGUACCUAUACUAGGAAGUUCAGACAACUUGGUGUCUUUUACAGAGUCUAUUAACCAGACUACAAAUGAAAUUUCAGGUUCUGAUGAAAAUGAAAAACCUAACUUGAUGAAUACCUCAUGCAGUUUAGAAAAGAACUCCACUCUACCCCAUCUUGGCACAGAAUACUGUGUUCUUCUCUUCUGCUGCUGCAUUUGUGGUUUUGAGUCUACAAACAAAGAAAAUCUGCUGGAUCAUAUGAAAGAACAUGAGGGUGAAAUCAUAAACAUCAUUCUAAAUAAGGACCACAGCACAACUCAGAGCACAAACUAGGUGAAGCAGUAAGUUAAAGAGAGGGUUUCCUAGAUUGCGUAUUUUCUUUCUUUGCUAAUUUUUGCCUGAGAAACUUGCUUAAGAGAAGAAUUGCAAGCAAAACUUGAUUUCCCAUCCUGAGUUCUUGUUUCAGUAGGAGUACAAUAUUUUAACCAGGGACCGAUGAAUCAUUUAAGAGAUAAAUAUAAGGAGUGGGGAAUAGAACGAUCCAUGUUAACCUGUCAUUUCUCUAUAUCGUGCCAAGAAUGUAGGAUUGUUGGAUUUUUUUCCUUUUAUUGUCAGGUACUAGUCAGUAAUAAUGCAUUAGUACAGUACGUUAAAACCCAAAGGUAUGAAAGCUUUGUAUCAAUUGAAAAACUUUUUUUUUCCUCCCUCUUUGUUAUUUUCCAAGUAUUUCAGCAAAGAACUUUUUACCCUCUUUUUUGAAACUGGCAACAGACCAGAUAAAAAUUUUACAAUAUGAUCUCGUAAACCCCACUGCCUGGAUUC